AUGACCGCGACGAACGCCAGCCCGAAGCGGCAGAUCACCGUCGGCGUGCUCGCCCUCCAGGGCGCCUUCAGUGAGCAUAUCCAGCUGCUGCGCCUGGCCAUCGCGAGCCUGCGCGCCCGGAAAGUCCAUGACGCCGCCGCCGCCGACUGGUCCUGUAUCGAGGUGCGCACGCCCGCGGAGCUCGCAACCUGCGACGCUCUGAUCCUGCCCGGCGGCGAGAGCACGACGAUGUCCCUUGUUGCUGAGAGGUCGGGCAUGCUGGAGCCGCUGCGGGAUUUUGUCAAGGUGCAACGCAAACCCACCUGGGGGACCUGCGCUGGCCUGAUCUUGCUCGCAGAAUCUGCGAACCGUACCAAGAAGGGCGGCCAGGAGCUCAUCGGCGGUCUCGACGUCCGCGUGUCCCGCAACCACUUCGGCCGUCAAACCGAAUCCUUUACCGCAGACCUUGACCUCCCAUUCCUUCGCACUGCUCAGGCAGUUGACACCCAGACCAACGAGCACCCUUUCCCGAGCGUAUUCAUUCGGGCACCAGUAGUAGAGAAGCUGCUACCACACAUGGAUGGUAUUCAAACUGAGGAGGCGGCCAAGGAGGAGACGAUCGUUGCACCUUCGAAGGUUCCUAAGGACGAUGUCGCGCGGGCAGACUUCAACGCACAUGUCGAAAUCAUGGCAAGGCUUCCUGGUCGUGCCAAGGCUCUUGCAAAGAAUGGUGUUACUGUCAGCGAAGAAGGCGAAGCGGGCGACAUCAUUGCCGUGAGACAAGGAAAUGUUUUCGGCACAAGCUUCCAUCCGGAGUUGACGGGCGAUUCGCGCAUUCAUGCGUGGUGGUUGGAACAAGUACUCGCAGCAGUGGAGAAGCGGCAGAGUCUAGCGGUACGGUGA